UGAGGAACAGUUUCUAUCUAAGUAAUAUGUCUAUCAUCUAAAUAAUAUAAUAAAAAUAUUUCUUGAACUUUUGUUUUACUUCUUAAGAUAUAAGAGAAGAUAAACAUAGAAAAAGUGAAAAUUGAAAAUGUAUUUUAACGCCAUCUCGUAAUCGAUUCUAUCCUAUCCUACUAGAGCAUUCUAAGCCUAAGAUUUAGUGUCCACUGUAUAUUCCAUUCCAUUUGACAACAUGGUUGUCGAGAAACAUCACUAUAAAAUUGCAAUGACAGAGUUUCCGGUGCAAAGAUAAGAAAAAAAUUCGUGAUUUGAACAUGUUCGUUAAAUAUUGCAAGACAAAGAAAGGAUAGUUUUAAUCGAUGCAGACUCGAUGUUAAGUGCUGUAAAUCAACUAGAUAUACAUUCAUGUGAAAACUGCGUCACAAAUAAUGUUAUCGAUUAAUUUUUUAAGAACCUCUGAGUCAGUAGCCAAACGAUCAAAUAAUAGUAAUAGGAAAGCGAUUAAUAUAGAAUUAUUAAUGAGGUUCUCAUUUUUUAUUGUGAUUUUUAUCGUAACAACCCACCUAUUGUCGACGGUCAGCGCAAGUGAGUCAUUGGGAAAUCCGUAUAAAAUAUUAGGUGUUCACAAACGUGCGACCUUACAAGAAAUUAGAAAAGCGUACAAAAAUCUUGUCAAAGAAUGGCAUCCAGAUAAAACCAAUCACCCAGGUGCAGAAAACAAAUUUGUGGAAAUUACCAAAGCUUAUGAGAUUUUAACAGAUCCAGAAAGAAGAAGGAAAUUUGAUAAUCAUGGAAUUACAGAAGAAAGUAUUUCUAGGCAACGAAGAGACAAUAGUCACUUUAACAAUGUUUUUGAUCCAUUGGAAGAACUAUUUGCCAGAAACUUCAAAUUUCAUUAUCAAAAUCGAGACAUUUCACUUUUCUAUAAGAUGAGCAUCACAUAUCGAUCAUUUGAAAAUGUAAUAGUACCAAAAACUUUACGUACACCUUAUCUGAUAUUAUUUUAUUCGGACUGGUGUUUUGCAUGUUUACAAGUAGAACCAACAUGGCGACGUUUGAUUGAUGAGCUAGAACCACUGGGUCUUGGUUUAGCAACUGCACAUGCUGAAAAAGAGUCUGCUUUAGCAAGGAAACUAGGAAUUCAUUCACUACCAUGUCUUGUUGUUACAAUAGAUGGCCGUACAAGUGUAUAUAAAGAAUCUCUUUUUAGUAUCCAAAAGAUUGUUGACUUCUUACGAAACAAAUUUCCAUAUAAAUUAAUACCUAAUAUAAAUAAAAAUAAUGUAGAUAAUUUCCUCUCAGGAUGGAUUGAUAAUCGAAUUCGAGCUUUAAUAUUUGAUAAGAAAGAAUCUGUGAGAUUACGAUAUCUAUUCAUUGCAUUUUAUUAUAGAGACCGUGUUGCAUUUGGUUUUGUUCAGACGGGAAAACUAGAUACUGAACUUAUUGUAAUGAAAUAUAAAAUUUCUGUGGAUUUGGAUACUUUAUUGUUAUUUAAUGAAAAUUCUGAGAAACCUAUGGCAUCUGUUAGUAUGAAAGAUAUAUCAAGUGACACAAUGCACAAUGUUAUUUCAAAUAAUAAAUUCCUUGCUCUACCAAGACUUUCAAAUCAAGCAAUGCUAGACUCAGUUUGUCCACCUGAGUGGUUAAGACCUCAAAAACGAUUAUGUGCAGUUUUAAUAUCACAACAAAAUAGUCCUCUUCAUGAUUUAGCUAGGCAUAAAUUUAGACAAGCAGCUUUAGAAUCAUCUUACAGUACUGAAAGGGUACGAUAUACGUACGUAUUUAAGGAUACACAACCAGAAUUUGUAUCAGCAUUAUCAACAGGAGAAGGUAGUCCUUUAGAGCCUUUAUUACAUAUUGUCAUUAUUUGGAGAAGGGACGCGAAUCAUUUGAAAUAUGAAUGGUUACCUACUGGUUGGAUUGAAGCUGCUCAAGAUGAAACUCAGUGGAAUGAAACACGUCGCAACUUAGAACAAACCAUACAAAGAUUAUUACGUGCAUCGGAAGCUUUACCAUAUGCCGCAGUUGUAGGAGAACUAGCAGAUGAACAUGCACAGGGUACUGUAGACAAACUUAUUGGAAAAGCAUUAUUAGCCGUAGAUUAUAUUUCUGAUAGUCUUACUAAGGAGCAAAUAUUGCCUUUAGUAUCAGUAAUUGCUACUUUAAUGUUAAUUGGUGCUGCGGGGUAUGGAAUGUCAUAUCUAGCAAAAUUAGAGGAAGCAAGUAUUCAAGCUGAACGUGCUCAAUGUAAGGAUAAUAAUAAACCAACGCCGUCACAGCCACAAUUGCGAUUACACGAAUUGCGGGCAGAGAAAUACAAUGGUUUAGUUCGACUAUUAAAACCAGGUUGUAGAACCAUUAUAUUAUUAGUCGACGUUCAAAGUAGACUAAAAUUAUUACCAGCUUUUCAUAAAGCUGUGUGGCCUUAUAGGAAAAAUAAAACUCUUAUGUUUGGACAUUUGUCUCUCGAAAGAGGGUUAGAGUGGUAUAAAAAACUGUUAUCUCUUACCUUGCCGGAACAAAAAGAACUGAACAUAAAUGCCAAGAAUUGUGUUGGUACUGUAUUGUCUCUAAAUGGGCAUCGUAAAUAUUUUUGUAUGUACCAUGCCAAACAUCCAGAAUGUACUAAAGGCAAAGGUUCUAAGAGAAUAGAACGAAUGACAAAGCAGUUAACUCGAAGAACAGAUGAUGCAGAAGCUGGCGCAUUUAUAGGUUUUAAUAGUUCCAAUGAAUCUGAUGCUUCUGAAGAAGAGGGUGGAAAUAAUGUUUUAUGCCAGGACAAUCUUUUGGAUGGUUUACCAAUGUGGCUGGAUAGGCUAUUUGAAGGUUUAACACAUCGUUAUUAUGUAAAUUAUUGGCCCGAGUUCACUGCCAAGUAAAUGGAGAUUGGUAUACAUUUUGGUAACGUGUAUACUUCUUGCAAUAGAAAAAGGGAUCCAACUAGUCAACAAUAUCAUGUGUCAUUUAAAAGUCCUAUACAAUUUAAAGGGAAAUACAGCCUUUAAUUUCAUGUAAAAUUAAGACAUAUUCAUUAUAUGUACAUGAAGGUAUUAUUUAUUAAUUUACACGCGAUUUCUGUAAAAAAAAUUUUAUAAAUUGUUAUAAUAGUCGAUAAAGUUCUUACAGAUUCAGAAUUACAUUAUUUUCAUCAAUUUUCAUGAGUAAUAAAAAUUCUCGUCAUUUUUAAUAAUAUUUUUAAAGUAAUUCUAGUCGAUGCCAUUAAAGACAUAACAGUAUUUAUAUUACAUGUUUAAAUACUAGAUACUGUAUAUUUAUAUAUAUUUAUAACAUGCCAAUAAUUUGUUUCUUUUUUCCUUCAAUAUCAAUGUUACGCUAUGGUAUAUUGUUACUUUUAUACCAUUACGUUAUAACAAUUUCUACUUUCCAUAUAACAUACAAGGUUUGAUAAAAAAUACUUGUAUAUCUUAAAUGUUAGUUAUAGAAGUUAUUUUAAUUUUAUGUAGAUUUCUUUGAAACAAACAUUUUCAUUUAAUUAUCCUGUUUACAUAAUUUUCAAUUGGGACAUCUGUUUAUUAAUAUGUAACAAAAUGUUUAUGGAAUUUAUUUUUGGAUCUCUUCGACCUCAUUAAAUUGGGAAACAUGUACUUAAUAAGUGCUUUAGUUUUUAUAUUUUUGAUAUAUUGAUAUACAUUGAUAUAUUGAUUACAAAUGAAUUUUAAAAAACUUUGUUCAUAUUAAUGACAAAUUUUACGACAAUUAAUAUUUUAAUUUUUAUGCUUUUAAUAAGUUUUAAUGUUCUUGGUAUAUUAAUGACAGAUAAAUCUGAAAAUAUUUUGCAUUGUAUCAUUAUGUACAAUGUCUUUCCCAAAUGAAAAAUCAAAUGUCAUUAUAAUAUUACAUAUAUUCAUAUUAUAUUGCAAAGUUUAGAAUGCUGUGUACAUUUUCAUAUAAAUUUUUUCAUUUUUAUUAUAUAUAUUGUUAUGCAAAUGUUAUUUAUAAUAGGAUUUUAAGAUAUAUUCAUUUAUGUUCAUAGAGCCACUUUUUUAUCAGACUUUGUAUUUAUAAUGUUAAUAUUUAAGAAUAUAUCUUUGUUUCUUCUGUGAAUAAAUAUUUAUAUUAUAUAUUUUUUUAUCCAUGUAUUUUAAUUUGUCUAUGAAGAUUGAUAACCAAAAUAUGCAUAUAUUCAUCAAUUCAUUAAUGUAAGUUUUGGUUAAAAAUUUAUGGUAGUAAUAAAGAUAAAUAAUUACAUGCUUUAUAAACAAUUUAUAGUUCAUGGAAAGAGAAUGAUUAAUAUUCUCAUAUAGAACAAUAAUAUCAAUUAAUAUAAAAACUAGUCCCUUUUCCAGCUACAUUUAAGUAAUCUAUAUCUUUAGAUUAUAUUUUUAAUAAUUACACAAAUCACUGCAUUCUCCAUUUGAAUGUUAAGUCAUCACAUAAGUAAUGUCAUUUUUGUACUUAGGAAAUUAAAAAGCAAUAGCUCAUUUUUCUUUUUCUUUUGAUUUUUUCAAUUUAUGGUAUAUUUUGUUGUAUAUGAAUUUACAUUUCACUUGCUUAUUUUAUAAAUUAUUUUUCCUUUUGUUA